AUGGCAAAUAACCGAAAUUCUAACGUUUCUAAUACCGGCAGUCAUAAAACACGUGGAACUCAUGCGCGUGUCUCUAGAGUAAAGGUGACAACAGUUGGAAAACCUUGUUUAUCCGAAAAGCAACUUAAAAGUUGUCCAAAGUGUAAUGAGUCUGCAAGUAACGUGAAAAUUCUGACGGCAAGUAUUGGAAGAAUUGAUUGUUUGGUUGAUGCUUUAGCUGAAACUACUCAGAAUUUAACAUCAAUGUCGAAGCGAGAGAGUCGAUUCGCUCAACAUUCAAGGUUUGGAGGAUUAGAUUUAACACGUUGUAGCCUUCAAGAAUUACAACAAUUGGUAGUAGCAACGACGAAUAUCAUGGUUCUCUCAAAUAACAAAUUAAAUAACCCCCAUCCUUCCAUCACUUCCGAUAAUCUUAAUAAUGAUAAUGCUGCCGAAAAGGUCACUUUACAUUCCGAACCUAUUGAAGAUGUAAGUGUAUUUCAAGAAACAAGUUCUGCACUCCCGUCAAGUCCGUCAAGUCUUUAUAAUAUCACUUUGUGA